ACAUAUAAACUACGUUGAAUUGAAGCUUUUUCUCAUGAAAAGCUUUUUUUAUUGAAAAAUGAGACUAAAUAACAUAACUUUAUUGAAAAUUAACAUAAAAUAAAAAUAUAUUAUCAAGUGUUAGUCACGGGCUCACGGCGUUGUCUACGAAAGAGGGCUUUUUCAUAUAUCUAAAAUGACUACACCGAAAUUGCUGUACACAAUAGACCAGCCGCAUGGUUUGGGUGAGUUGUACUUCCAAUGGCAGAAGGGUGAAUCUCGCUCACUGAUUGCCACCACUGGGACUGAUGCCACAGUCGCUAUUCAUGACAGAUCAGGCCAGUUACUGGAGAGGAUGAAGUUGCAUGGUUUAUGCGCAGGCAUGGAAUGGGACAAUGAUGGUGAUUACUUGGCCAUAAUCACACCAAACAGUAACUCAGUGUUACUAUGGGAAUGCCAUGCCAACAAACGGAUGACUAUUGAGACGGGGCUCAGGGAGCCGCCAUCUUGUUUAGGGUGGGCCUAUGGGGAGCCACUACUGGCUAUUGGAACUCAGAAAGGCAAUUUGGCUUUGUACAAUCAUCACACUACUAAGAGGAUACCAAUGAUAGGCAAACACACAAAGAAAAUAACGUGUGCCGCAUGGAAUAAAGACAGUAUACUGGUAUUGGCGUCAGAAGACAAGACCUUGUCGAUAAACAACUCUGACGGCGACACUUUGCGCAUGAUCUCACUGAGAGACACUCCGAAUGAUCUGCAGUUCUCAGAGAUGAAAACUGACGAGAGAGUCGCCGGAGAAAAUACUAUAAGUCUGAUAGUCGGCAAGCGGACCCUCUACCUUUACAACCUGCUUAACCCAGAAAAUCCUAUAGAACUUGCUUUUCAGCAACGCUACGGUUCUAUAGUCUCCUACAAAUGGUACGGUGAUGGGUACAUACUCAUAGGUUUUAGUGCCGGGUUCAUUAUAGCCAUAUCCACUCACAUAAAAGAGGUGGGGGAGGAAUUGUUUCAAGUGAAGAACCAUAAGGAGAAUUUAACGGAUGUGACUGUUUGUAAUGGGCAGGCUGCGUCGUGUGGGGACGGACAAUUAAAAUUAAUAUCAAUAUGGAACAACGGCGAAGUGGUGGGGUCGGUAUCGCCGGGCGGGGGGGCCGAGCGCUGCGCCUGGAGCGCGGACGGCCGCCUGCUGGCCGCGGCCGGGAGGGCCUGCCUCAACGUCUACGUGACCGCCUUGCCGCCGUUACAUGCCGCGUAUGGCACUAGGGCGAUAACGUUGACAAGCCUCACGGAGUGUACGGUGUAUCAGUGUAUAGCAGUCGACGAUGUGGAUUCUCCUAACAAGUCCGAGCCCGUGGCCCUGGCCACGUACGCGGCCCCGACAGAGCCCAGCCUGAUAGCGCUGGGCGGGGCCCACGUGUGCUGCGUGAGCGGCGCGCACGCGUGGUUCUACCCGCUGGCGGGCGGCGCGGCGCUGCGCAGGCAGUACGCCGCGCCCGUGGAGCGCGUGCGCCUGGCGGGCCGCCACGCCGCCGCGCUGUUCGGCGGCCGGGCCAUGCUGCAUGUCAUAGACCAGCCGAUGGAAAGCCCUCACCCGGAGAGAGAGGCUAUGAUGUUCCCCUCGCCGCACAUGCAAGAUGCUAAAAUCCUUGAUAUACACCUCACCAGUGACCUGUUUAUAUUCGUUACUGAUCAAGGCCACAUAGAAUUCUUCGGCGUGGAGGAGUGGCGCACGUCCACGCGGCACAAGCACUCGUGCGGCGUGCGCGGCGUGCACGGCGACAUCGGCGGCGCGCGCGCCGGCGUGCUGGACGCGCGCGGCCGCGUGCUGGUGUGCGCGCCCGCCGCGCCCGCCGCGCCGCUCUGCGCGGUGGAGCGCCCCGCCGGGGGGGGCCUUGUCAGAGGCGUGAUCUGGGACAUCUGUCUAUCAGACCGCAACGUAUUCAUCAUCCAUACUGAUGAAACUAUAGAGACGUACUACUACGCGGCUAAUUCUAUCGAUGGUUCUCACGUGGAUUUUGUCGCUUCGACGUCCAUUCUCGUCGGGCAGACGCCGCUCAUACUGUUCUCGGGGGAUGUGUACUGCUAUGCCAGUGGAGGGACGGUGAUGAAAAUACCCCUCGAAUCACACAACACGAGUGGCCUAGCCGACGCGGAUGCAGAGAAAAGGCUGAGCAAUCAGAAGAGGCACAUCUCUAAAUUAAUUCUUCUGCGGCGAUUCAGCGAGGCGUGGUUGUUCUGUGACGCCGUGGACGAAGAGGAACAGUGGCGCCGUCUAGCGGAGGCUGCCGUGGCUGAACUCAAUGUUGAGUUUGCAAUUCGCGUGUACACUAGAUUGAGCGACGUAGCGAUGGUGUGGGCCUUAGAAGAUGCCUCCCAUAUAGAAGAUCUGCCAAUAUUGUGCGGCAUGGUGUGCGCGUGCGCGGGCAAAGGCGACGCGGCCGUGAGCUGGGUGGCGGGCUGCGCGCGCGGCGCCGCCCGCCUCGUGGAGCUGCUGGCGGCGCGCGGGCACUGGGCGCGCGCGGCCGAGCUGGCGCACGCGGCGAGCCCGCGGCGCGCGCGCGACCUCAUGCUGCACAGGGCGCGCCACUUGGAGCUCACGGCAGACUACCAUGAAGCACUUGCAAACUAUGAGAAAAGUCUUAUAACAACCGACACAGACGACAUCAAAGUCAAAGAACAUAACAACAAGUGCGAGGCGGGCAUCGCGCGCAUGUGCAUCCGCUGCGGCGACGUGGUGCGGGGGGUCACUAUGGCCAUGAAACAUGCGCAAGAUACCAUGCUUCUAAAGGACUGCGCUGAAUUACUGGAAGAAGAGAAACAAUACAGUCACGCAGCGGCUUUGUACGAUCAUGCGGGCAACACCGAAAAAGCGGCCUCCUUAUACAUCAAACUAAAAUCCUGGCUCAAAGUUGAAGCGUUACUCCCUAAGAUCAACUCUCCGAGUAUACACAUACAGUACGCGAAAGCGAAAGAAGCCGAGGGCCGCUACCACGACGCUAUGAAAUCGUAUAUCAAGGCGCAAGACUACGAAUCUGCGAUACGUUUGAACUUGGAGAAACUGGACGACAUUGAUGAGGCGGUCAACUUGGUACAGGAGACGAAAUCGGUGCAAGGCGCCAAGAUGGUGGCAAAUUAUUUCCAGAACAGUGACGAUCCAUCUUCGGCGAUAAAGUUCUUGGUCAUGUCGCUGUGUUACGACGAAGCUUUCCAGUUGGCGAGGAAGAAUGGCAAGUUGCACUUGUACGGCGAGAUUUUGAUACAAACUUCCCAAGCGAGGCCGGAGGAUUUUAAGAGUUUAGCGUUACACUUUGAGGGGGAGAAGAAUCAUUUGUUGGCUGGGAAGUUUUACUUUCACGCCGGGGAGUACAACAAGGCUAUGUCCCACUUGCUGAAGACCGGGGGGUCGGAGGAGGAGGAGAAUGAAGGGAUUAGCAUUGCUAUUGAUGCCGCAGCGGCCAGCGACGACGAACGGUUGACUAGGAGGUUGAUAGAGUUUCUACUAGGCGAGACUGACGGUACUCCGCGGGAGCCGCGGCAUUUGUUCCGCCUUUACAUGGCGAAGCGACAAUUUGCGGAGGCGGCGAAAACUGCGGUGAUAAUAUCGGGCGCGGAGUGCGCGGCGGGCCGCUACCGCGGCGCGCGCGGCGUGUGCCGCAGCAUGUGCGCGGCGCUGCGCGCGCGCCGCCUGCCCGUGCCGCGCGACAUGCGCGCCGCGCUCGCCGCGCUGCACUCCUACAUACUGGUACGCACCCAUGUGAAACGCGGCCGCCACGACUUAGCGGCUCGUCUGCUCGUGCGCACGGCCGCCGACGUGUCGUUCUUCCCUUCACUACAACAUCAAGUGUCCAUCUUGACAUCGACCGUGAUAGAGUGCAGCCGGGCGGGUCUGAAACACCAGGCGUACCACUGGGCCAGGGAACUCAUGCAGCCCGAGUAUAGGGCGCAGAUCGACCCAAAAUACGUGAAGAAGAUAGAGUCAGUGGUGCGCCAUCCGCCUCGCACCGCGCCGGAGACUUCGCCGACUUCGCCUUGUUGCGUGUGCGGCGCUGACGUGCCCAUAGCGGCGCUACACUGCGAGCGAUGCCAGGCCGACCUGCCCGUCUGUAUAGCCACUGGACUCCACAUCGUGAAAGAUGAUCUCACUGCUUGCCCCGAAUGCGAUUUUCCAGCGAUAUUGACAGAAUUCAAAGAGCUUCUCCAAGAAGAAGGCAAGUGUCCGAUGUGUGAUGAAAACGUGGAUUAUCGCAGACUUGUCAAGAUAGACGACAUCUCUCUCUACUUGGACUCUGCGCCACAGGAAUAAGAUUAAUUUUGCUAUAAUACUUGUGAUUAAUUUUGCGUCCACGGAUUAACAGAUAAGGUAUUAUGACGUCCUAUAUUGUUAUCUUCACGGUCGAUUGUUGAAGGUCCCGUGAUAGUGGGACAUUGAGUAUUAGUGUUGAAAUUACAUACAUAUACAUAUAAUCACGUAGACACACAGACAGGGUAGACAGAGCCAACAGUCGUGAAAAGACAAAGGCCAUGUUCAGCUGUUUGGCUUAACAAUAAUGGGAAAGAAAUGGAGUAGUCUAUUCUAUUCAAUUGGUGCUGAGAACCACCCGGCAGCAUUUAUUGUAAAAAAUCUAUUUAUAAGUUGAAUGAAAUAAAAACGAAGUAUAGUGAUGAAACAU